UCUCCCCCUACCUCCCUCCCUCUCCAUCUCUGCGAUCAGCCAUCAAGCAGGGAAGCAAUACUACAGAUGGUGGUGGAUCUGAGAUGGCUCCGAAGCUCCCAUCUCCACUCUUCCCACUCCUCGUCUUCGUAGUCCUGACCCUUCUCUUCCUCCACUCCUCCCUUCUCUCUUCUCCACGCCCUCAACCGCAGAACCUCCCAAGACCCCCGUCUUGCAACCUCUUCAAUGGCAGGUGGGUCCAGGACCCGAACAAGCCCAAGCCCCUGUACGACGAGACCUGCCCGUUCCACAGGAACGCGUGGAACUGCCUCAGGAACCAGAGAGAGAACAUGGCCGCGAUCAAUUCUUGGAAGUGGGUGCCCGACGGCUGCGCCCUGGACCGUGUCGACCCGACGCGGUUCCUGACCCUGAUGAGGAACAGGAACAUUGGGUUUGUCGGGGACUCGUUGAACGAGAACUUCGUGGUGGCGUUUCUGUGUGCUCUGCGGGCGGCUGAUUCAGGGGCCAAAAAAUGGAAGAGGAAAGGGGCUUGGAGGGGAGCUCAUUUCCCGAAAUUCAACGUCACGGUGGCGUAUCACCGCGCAGUUCUGCUGGCGAAUUACGGGUGGCACCCAGAACAGUCUGCACAUGCGGGUGAAGUGAAAGCGAAAGGCGUUUAUCGAGUAGAUGUGGAUAUUCCUGCUGAUGAUUGGGCCCACAUCGAUAACUUCUAUGAUGUCCUGAUUUUCAAUACUGGUCAUUGGUGGGGCCCUGACAAAUUUCCGAAAGAGACGCCUCUGGUUUUUUACAAGGCAGGGAAACCAAUAGCUCCUUCCCUAGAGAUGUUGGAUGGGUUUAAAGUCGUUCUGCGGAAUAUGGUUAAUCACAUCCAAAAAGUGGUAUCUAGAAAGACGCUUAAGUUCUGGAGGUUGCAAUCACCAAGGCAUUUUUACGGCGGGGACUGGAAUCAAAAUGGGAGUUGCCUUUUCGAUAAGCCGCUCGAGGAAUCUGAGCUUGACAUGUGGUUUGAUCCCAGCAACAAUGGAGUAAACAAAGAAGCGAGGCUGCUGAAUAAUCUCAUCAGAGAGGCUGUUCAAGGAAGCGAUAUUCGAGUACUCGAUCUGACUCACUUGAGCGAGUUCAGAGCGGAUGCCCACCCUGCCAUUUGGUUGGGGAAGAAGGACGCAGUGCAGGAGUGGGGCCAAGACUGCAUGCACUGGUGCCUACCUGGCGUGCCCGACACAUGGGUCGACAUAUUGGCCCAGUUGAUCCGUCACAGCUUUGAGAGUCAAAGACUGGGACACUGAAGGCCUUCCAAUAUACUUGGAAGCUUUGCUUGGAAAGAAGCAAGAGAAGAUGAGUUAAAUAUGCUCGUAAAUUGAAUCGGGCCUACUAGAUUUUACUGAGAAACUGUAUCAUAGAUAACAACAUUGUCAUUUUUUCGAGAGAUGCUCUGGACUGUUAGAGAGCACGGUUCAUUACUUCGGUUCUUUCAUAUGCUUCAUUUUCUGUAUGUAGGAAAAAGAUAGCGAGGAAGACUAUCGCGCGGUUUCCAGUAAACCUGCGGGAUGGAUAUGCUAACUAUGUAGAACAUGAGUCGGAUUUCGAUACGAUUAAAUUUUUUGUUUGA